GGAGGGGGGAGGCGGGUGUUAUACCAUCGCUCUGGGGAAGGCUGAGCAUUUGCAAAUUCCGGCUCCAGGGCGCGGGGAGCAUCCUAUCCCCGCCGGCCGGCCGGGCAGCAGCCGCAGAACAGGACGCAGCUUCCCGUCUCCUGGUUAUCCUAAGGCUGUCCGCCUUAUCCCCGCCUCCCCCCGCCCGCCUCUGCCGCUGGGCGCCGGCGGCCGCCCUGCCCCGCGCCUCCCGUGCAACAGAGCGCAGAGCGGCAGCCCGCGAGGUGCGCUCGGAGCCGAGCCCUGAGCUAGAGACCCUGUCCCCCUCCUAGCCGCAGAGGCAGAGCCCUGGGUGAGUAAUCUGGGAGCUCCCUCGCUCCUCCAGGCAGGCCAGAACCAUUCAGGGCCCCUUUGCCGCAUCCCUUUCUUCUGUUCUCAACUGUGUGCCUGGAAGGCUGAACAGUCAUGACAGCUGAAAAGACUAUUCCUAUAAUUAAUGGCAAGCCAGAAGAUGCUUUGGACCCAGAAGCCUCAAGUACCAACCUCGUCCACAGAAAUGAUAAGAAAGUUCAUGAAAGAGGUCACUGGAACAAUAAGGUUGAAUUUGUGCUUUCUGUGGCAGGGGAGAUUAUUGGGUUGGGAAAUGUAUGGAGGUUCCCAUAUCUUUGCUACAAGAAUGGAGGAGGUGCUUUCCUCAUCCCAUAUGUGGUUUUUUUUAUUUGCUGUGGAAUACCAGUAUUUUUCUUGGAGACGGCGUUGGGACAGUUUACUAGUGAAGGAGGCAUUACAUGCUGGAGGAAAGUUUGCCCUCUAUUUGAAGGUAUUGGAUAUGCUACCCAAGUUAUAGAGGCACAUCUAAAUGUAUAUUACAUCAUCAUUUUAGCAUGGGCUAUCUUCUAUUUGUUUAACUGCUUUACUACAGAGCUUCCUUGGGCUACCUGUGGGCAUGAAUGGAAUACAGAAAACUGUGUGGAAUUUCAAAAACUUAAUAUGAGCAACUGCAGUCAAGUGUCUUUACAAAAUGCCACUUCUCCAGUGAUGGAAUUCUGGGAACGAAGGGUGCUAGCUAUAUCCGAUGGAAUUGAACAUAUUGGGAAUCUUCGCUGGGAACUUGCACUGUGCCUCCUUGCUGCUUGGACUAUCUGCUAUUUUUGCAUUUGGAAAGGAACAAAGUCUACUGGAAAGGUCGUAUAUGUAACAGCCACAUUCCCCUAUAUCAUGUUGAUGAUUCUCCUGAUUCGUGGAGUAACACUACCAGGUGCUUCCGAGGGGAUAAAAUUCUACUUGUACCCUGACCUUUCUCGACUGUCUGACCCACAGGUGUGGGUGGAUGCUGGUACACAGAUAUUUUUCUCUUACGCGAUCUGCUUGGGAUGCUUGACAGCCCUGGGAAGUUACAACAACUAUAAUAACAACUGCUACAGAGACUGCAUCAUGCUCUGCUGCUUGAACAGUGGCACAAGCUUUGUUGCUGGUUUUGCUAUCUUUUCAGUUCUUGGAUUUAUGGCUUAUGAACAAGGCGUGCCCAUUGCAGAAGUUGCAGAAUCAGGACCGGGACUUGCAUUCAUUGCUUACCCUAAAGCUGUCACCAUGAUGCCUCUUUCUCCUCUGUGGGCAACUCUGUUCUUCAUGAUGCUCAUAUUCCUUGGCUUAGAUAGUCAGUUCGUGUGUGUUGAAAGCCUUGUGACAGCUGUUGUAGAUAUGUACCCAAAGAUCUUCCGAAGGGGCUACAGAAGAGAACUGUUGAUUCUCGGCCUUUCCAUUGUGUCAUACUUCAUUGGCCUAAUCAUGUUAACUGAGGGUGGGAUGUACGUCUUUCAGUUAUUUGACUCUUAUGCAGCUAGUGGCAUGUGCCUUCUUUUUGUUGCCAUAUUUGAGUGUGUCUGCAUAGGCUGGGUUUAUGGCAGCAAUCGCUUUUAUGAGAACAUUGAAGAUAUGAUUGGGUAUAAACCACUGUCAUUGAUUAAAUGGUGCUGGAUGGUCUUAACUCCAGGUAUUUGCGCAGGAAUCUUCAUCUUUUUCCUGGUGAAAUACAAGCCUUUGAAAUACAACAAUGUAUAUAUAUACCCUGACUGGGGCUACGGCAUAGGGUGGAUGAUGGCGCUCUCCUCCAUGAUCUGUAUCCCUUUGUGGAUCUGCAUUAAGCUGUGGAAGACAGAAGGCACUUUCAUAGAGAAAUUCAGGAAGUUGAUUACACCUAGCUCCGAUCUGAAAAUGAGAGGGAAACUUGGAGGAGGAGCCUACGUUGCAGCAAUAAAUGACUGCGAUGCCAAACUGAAAGGAGAUGGCGCCAUUUCAACCAUUACAGAAAAGGAGACACAUUUCUGAAAGAACUAUGUUUUUUGUUUUAUUUUUUUUUGUAUAAAUAAAUAAAUAAAUUCACUUAAUUAUAGAGGCUGGCUUGUUUUGCACAAAAUUUUAUUAACCAGUUAAUUUUAAAGUGAAAAUUGUAUACUUGUUUAAAAGUGAUUUUUUAAAUUACUAUAUAAGUAAUGAUUAUGUAAAAGAAAAAGAAAUAGUAUUAUAUGGUAUGUUAGUGAUGACUUCUUGUAAUAUGGUGAUUUCAGUAAAUGUUUUUUUUAGAAGUUAGAGGGACCUGUAUAAUGUGCUGUAAAACUUUUCUACUUUGAUUUCUGGCAGGUGUAAUGUUGUAUAGAUAUACGCAUACUAACGUGGGAGCGUUUCAGACCAUUUCAGCUUUUAAUGUAUGUAUAUAAAGGGGACCAGAGUAUCCUUUUGUUUAUAUUGCAAGCAACUGUGAGGGGAUGGGGGGGAUGCCUUGUAACUGCUGUUGCCUUGUUACUCUCUAAACGUGGGCUGUAUCCGAAGUCCGCUGAAAUCCGAAGGAGCCUUCCCCGCCGAGGCCGCGGGCCCUUGCCCAGGCUGGGUGCGAUUCAGCCGUUGCCGAGGCCGGGGCAGCUGCGAGACUCAGCUUUGCGCCUGGCAAAGCUCUUCUUUCUCAGAAGUUUUGUGAAGCCGACAGAAAGCACCACCGCAGCUGCUCUUUCCGCCUUCCCUCCACCCUCCGUUUGCUUCAACAGGUCUAAAAAUGUGGUGGAAUGGGCCCACUUCUGAGUCACUGUUUUUCUGGAGAUUGGAUAGAGAAUAUUUCUUACGAGCUCUGAAUUUUGCUGCUCUUGUAAGUUAAUGGUCUCUAAGAUGCUGUGUACUGCUUCAGGAGACCUCUAAAGCUUUUUCAUUUUCUUUAGUGUCUGGGUGGCCAGUACUUCAUUUCACUUGACGCUUCCCAUCCCCUGAAGUGAAACGUGUUUGUCUGUGCUUGUACGACAGGAGAUCGAGGUUACUUUAUAUGUGGAGAUAUUCUGAGGAAAAAAAGAGCAGGUUUAGAGCUCUGCGUACCUUGGCCUCUGUCUCUCUAUCUGUUUGCCAGUCUGUCCGUCUGUACAUCUGUUAAUUCCCCUCAGAAGAAAUCAAGGAUCCUGUAAUGACAAUAUAUAGCUUUUCUCAUCUUCAGGGUACUUUCUAGAUGGGGUUGCACUGAAGCCAGAGUAGGAGCUUGUUUGGUGGAAGGCUCAAGUAAUUGGUCCAGAAUCAGAGAAUACCGUGUUGGGAGGGACCUCAAGGAUCAUCUGGUCCAACCUUUCUUGGCAAAGGCCUGGUCUAGACGAGAAGGCCCAGCACCCUGUCCAGCCGAAUCUUAAGUGUCCGAUGCUGGGGAAUCCCCCACUUCCCUGGGGAGAUUAAUCUCCACAAGAGUUCCGGGAGGUAAUUUAUAUAUGGUGCAGAUCAAGGAACUAAGAUAGGGAUGUUGUGACUUCUCUGUUUCCCAAGAGGAGCGUUAUUGGCUCUGUGAUAUCAGGCCUUUGUAUUCUAUCACUUGUAUCAACCGACUCCCUCCGAUGUAAACAGGAUUGUGCAUGUGAAUCCGACUGACGGCUGGCUGUUACUAUGAGGUAUGCAAAUGCUAGCCCCAGUACCAAAAUCUCUAGACUCUCUCUCAAGUGGUUUUUUUUUUGUUCUUCUCCCAGUAUUCCAAACCCUACUAUUUGUACUGGAUUUUUUUUUCCUUGUCGUGUUUUUUUUAUUUAAUGGUUGUAUGAGAAAGCUGUGGAGGAAUACUGUACUGCACUGCACAGUAUUUGAUGGGGAGAGACAAGCAACAGCCUAAAACAGCUCAGAAGAAAUGUCAUAAAAUCUGCUGUCUUCUCUGCAAUUCAAAAUCACCAAAGCUCAGACACCAGCAUCUGGAGUAAUUAGGAGCAGAAGUGGCUGCUGGCCUUCUACGGAGGAAAACAUUUCACUAGGAGUCACUAGAACUGUACCUGUAGUCAGCAUUUAUUGGAGACUUUACAGUUACCUCUUAGAAAAGCAUUUUCAUAGCGUCACUUUGUCUCGAGUCACAUCAUUAAAAUCUAACAGUUCUGUUUAAUUUUACUUCAUCUUAUUUGUUUGGUCAUUGGGUUUUUUGGGUUUUUUUUUUUUGUGGUAAGGUGGAAGUCUAAGAGAGAACUUCUCUACCACAAUUCUACUUGAAAUAUUUUAAGUAGCUUGCCUUUGCACAUCUCCAUCGUUAGGUGCUUAGGAAAGGACGUUUUGAAGGAGCGUGCCUUUAUGAAGGUACAGAACCAUCAUCUCGUGAAUGCUGGCCUCCCCCAGGGGGAGUCCUCAGCUUGGCAUCAGAACUGGGGGCUACCAAUGGAAAUCCCAGUCCCAUUGGAAAAGGAUACUUCUGAGAGAAAUGCUCCCAGAAUUACAACCACAGGUUGAGGUAUAUAAGUACAGAAAAUGCAACAAAGCAGCUGAAAGCUACAUAGUGAUAUUGAAAAAAUGCCCACUCCAAAACUUAACAUUUUUGGAAGUUCUAAUGAGCAUAAAUAUGUCUAAUCCAGUGUCCCUUUCUGGUCUUUCUCUCCACCCACCAGAGCUGCAGAACUAAGGCCCCAAAGCCACAUAUGGGCCUUGGGAUGGAUUACGUUCCCUCCCAGAGUAAAUGUCGACACAUUUUCUUACCAGUGAAGGGUGUGCAAAUGCAGAUGCACUGUUAGGGUACGCUUGAUUUCAAUGAAGUUACCUGCAGCAAUCAGGACUCCAUGAAUGUUUACAGUGAAGUGUGCCAAGAGGUGGAACCCACACCACUCAACUGGCCGUGCAUUAGACACAACAUGAGAAUCCCAGACAAGUCACGAUUGCCCUUUGAGUCAUGACACACGCGGCCGUAGCAGAAAAAAAUGACGUGUGCUUUUUAGCGUGUCAGUGUACUUUGAACUGUUGUACUCAUCCAAAUAUCUCCACAGGAACUACGUGCUUCGUACGGAACAUGCUUCCUAUUCUGCUGCUAUGAACCCUUUCACCCGUAGCUUUAUACACAUACAUAUGGUUUGGCAUGGUCGAAAGUAUUAUACAGUGUUACUAAUGUGCUGUGCUUGUACGUGUGUGCGUUUAAUACCUGACUUGUUUAACACUUUACUGAUUUUUUAAAAAAAAUUUUUUUUCUGUUGUGGGGAGGGA